CAAAUACACCGGUUGUUUUACUCAAUUUCUCCCUCAACAUAUAUAAUAUUUGGCGACGAGGACAAAAAUAGCAGCGCGUGAAGAUGGCUCGAUUGACGGUUGGAACCUUAAGCACAUUUAACCAUGAAAUCCAAGAUUGGCCAGUGUACAAAGAAAGGCUGGAACAAUGGUUCUUAGCGAACGAUAUCAGAGCGGAAGAAGACAAAGCCGGGGUGAAGCGACGCGCCAUCUUGUUGAGUAAUUUAGCAGAAUCGUCAUACAAGUUGGUUCGCGAUUUGGCAUUACCGACUCAAAUCAGUACAUUAGACUACGAUGGUGUAGUGAAGUUGCUGGAUGGACAUUUUAAACCUAAAAAGUGUACUUUUGCUGAGAGAUUUAGGUUUCAUAGUGCAACGCAAAACGUCAGCGAAGGAUUCGCAGAGUGGGCAGCGCGUGUGAGAGGAUUAGCUACCCACUGUGGGUUUACAGCGUUACAUCUCGACGAACAACUGCGUGACCGGUUCGUGUUGGGCAUGGAGCCCGGGCCGGAAAGAGACAAAUUGUUCACGAAAGACUUGUCUGAGCUGACCCUAACGAAAGCCUUACAAAUGGCUGACGGUAUUCGCAGUGCGCGUAUGGGGGCUCAGGAAACAGAACAAAAGAAGCAGGCGUCGACGCUGCAGGUGAUGAAGGUUGUGGCGGCGCGGCAGGGAGCAGACCGCGGCGGGCGCGUGCAGCAGCGCGCCCAGCUGCGCAGCGCCGGCGCGCAGCAGCAGCAGCCGCAGUGCUCAGUGUGCGGGUAUUCCGGUCAUGCGGUAUCGGACCGCUGUUUUGCGCGUUAUAAGUGUAAAAAGUGUGGUGUUCAGGGACAUCUUAAAAGAAUGUGUAAUAAAACGGUAAACCGACAUCAUUAUGUUGAGUGCUGCUCGGAGGGUGAUGAUGAUGACUCAGCACUCGACAAAAUGGUCAAAGAAAAACAGUCCUUGCAGAGUGAAUAUUAUAAGGGCAAUCGUAAAGUGUAUUUUGUCGACGGCGAGGACGUUUUAGUGCGAGUGUACAACCACUCCAAGCAUCAAUGGCUACACGGUCAAAUUUUAAAGAGAAUUGGCAACGCCCUGUAUACUGUGCAGCUACAGGGUUCUGAACAAUCAGUUAAAAGGCAUGCCAAUCAACUUCGGAAAUUUAGAGGGGGAGAAGAAGUAGAAGUUACUAUCCCAGCGUUCAUCGUACCAGAAAAAGCAACGACUUCACAAGCAGACUGCCGGCAAACACCCAACAAAGAGAGCGGGCAAGCGGAACCAGAGAACCCUCCUUUACAAAAGGCUGAUCAUGUCAGUAAGGAAAUGCCAGCUACGGCUCGGCCACAGCCAGAGGCCGCACCCGCCUCGCGUAGCAUUACGCCCUCGCCGCCGCCGGGACGCUCUAGACGAAAUAGGCCUGCAGUAGAUUAUAAGAAACUUUUUAAAUAAAGGUGGAGGGAUGUUAUAUAUGUUAAACGUCAUACGAUUUUUAUAAAUAAUAUGUGGGUACCUAGUGUAAGACUUGAGUCAACGGCUGGCUGCGCC